UGGCAACCGUAGAACUGUAGAUGUGGCCUUCGCUAUGGCCGGCAUGCAGUUUGAGUAUGACGCGGAAGGGGGAACGUUCUUUUAUUUCUUGCUGUCGUUUUGGGCCUUAUUGCUUAUUCCAGCCACCUACUUUUUAUGGCCUUCUAAACAGAGCACUGGCUCUGAUGAUAAAAAAAGAAAAUGCAAGUGCUUUCCUUGUCUCACAAAAUCUGAGUCAUUGGUUAAAGAAAAAGCAAGUGUUAAACCAGUUGUGAUAAAAAUUGUUUUAUUAAUUGGCUGGAUUAUCUUCAUACUUCUGGCAUGGAAGGUUUCUAUGAUACAAUUGGACUAUUCUGAGUAUGAUCCUUAUGAAGAACUUCAAAUUGACAGAGGUGCAGAUGUUGCUGAGAUAAAAAAAGCUUACAGAAAACUGAGUAAAGUUUACCAUCCUGACAGAGAGACAGGUGAUCCUAAAAAGUUUAUGCGAAUUGCUAAAGCUUAUGCUGCUUUAACUGAUGAAGAAUCAAGAAAAAAUUGGGAGGAGUAUGGAAAUCCAGAUGGACCAGAAGCCACACGUUUUGGGAUUGCUUUACCAAAAUGGAUUGUGGAAAGAGAAAAUUCUAUGUGGGUCCUAGCAGUUUAUGGCUUAGUCUUCAUGAUCAUCUUGCCCAUUGUCGUGGGCGUAUGGUGGUAUCGUUCUAUCAAAUUUAGCGGUGAUCAAGUUUUACUGGAAACAUCAAGAAUCUAUUAUUUCUUCAUUAGCAGAACUCCAAAUAUGAUUCUUAAGCGUGCUGUUGAAGUGUUGGGCUCAUCAUGUGAAUUUGAUAGAAUGCACAAUGCAGAAAUUAUUGAAAGACCCACUGAUAAUGAAGAGCUCCCUGCUCUCAUUAAACAACUACAGAAUGUGAAAGAAAAAAAUCGUGAACGUUCAUAUUGUAUCAAAACUCGUGCUUUAAUACUUGCUCAUUUUCAAAGAUUACCUUUAAAUAAAGAGACGCUAGCUGUUGACCAAAAAUACAUUUUGAAAAAGUGCCCCUAUCUAAUCAAUGAAAUGGUCCAUACAGCUGCCAACUUAGUUGCCAUGGCGAUCAAUUCAGGGAGAGACAACCAGUCCCCACGCCUUGAGUCCAUUGAAAACUUUAUGAAGAUGAGCCAAAUGGUUGUUCAGGCACUUGAUGAGAAAUCCAGUCCACUACAGCAACUACCUCACAUAACUCCAGAAAUGUUACGCCACUUCACCACUCGAAAGCGUGAUAUUCGUCACAUUCGUGACUUUGUAAAUAUGAAAGAUGAAGAUAGACGUAUGAUGUUGCGUAAUUUAUCAGAUAAUGAGUAUUUAGAUGUGAUGACUGUCUGUGCUAACAUGCCAUACAUAGAGAUGUCUGUUAAAACUGAAGUGUUGGAUGAGGAAGAUGAAACUAUCACUGCUGGCUCUAUAGUUACUGUGACAGUCAAACUAGUCAGAAAAGACAUGGGGGAGAUGUUUGAAAACCAGAUUCCAUUAGCAACACUUGAAGAUGAUACAUCUGAGCAUGCAGACAAUGACAAAGAGGAAGAAAAUGAAGACAAAGAAGAUGAGGACAAACAGGAUGCUCAACAAGAGUUGGCAGGUCAUGGAGAUCAGGCUGGCAAAGAAGACAACAAGAACAAAGCUUGGGACAAAAACAAAAAAGCCAAAAAAAAAGGAGGCAAAGUGAAGAAGAAGACUAAACAGGUCUAUCAGUGGAAGGCAGUAGCUCAAGCCAAGGCAGAGAAUGCCAGUCAAGCUACAGGCGCCAAAGCCAUCACAGAAAGUGAUUCUCCUAAAUCAACCAAACCAAAUAAGUCUGAGAGAAAAGAAAAGAGUGAUGACGUUGAAGGAGAUGAUGUCUCUGAAGAGGAAAACAACGUCUCAGAAGAUGAAGAGGAAGAAAAGCCUGAAGCUUCAGCAGACAAAUCUAAAAGUAAAAAAGAUGAUGAUGAUGAAGAAGAUGAUUGGGAUAAUUACAAAUUAGAAUCAAAAAAAGAGAACUCAUUAGAAACCAAAGUCAAAGAAAGUCAUCCUGUUCACUGCCCUUACUUUCCAGAGGUGAAGCAGGAGGCCUGGUGGGUGUAUGUAGCUGAUAGGAAACGUCACUUGUUGAUAACUGUCCCCGUCCAUGUUUGCAGUUUGAAAACUGAGGAAAAGAUUGAAUUGAAGUUCUCUGCUCCUGCCAAGCCAGGUCAUUACCAAUAUGUUGUGCAUCUCCGCUCUGACUCUUAUUACACUGAUUUUGAUCAAUCCCAACUUAUUAAGUUGGAUGUUCAUGAAGCUAAAGUGAUCAAAGAUCAUCCACAGUGGAACAUUUCUGAAGAUGAGGAUGAGAAAGAUAAAGAUGAUGAUGACAGUGAAGAAGAUGAUUCUGAUUAUAGCUCUGAGUCAAACGAGUCAGAAUAAAUGAUCUUGAUUUGUAUUUGUUGACAUUAUUUGAGAGUGAUUCAUGAAGAGUUUCAUAGCUCCUAACCAGACAUUGGCAUGUUUCUGUAACUUGCUGUUAUAAUGGAAUCUUACUCGCUCCAUGAAUUGAUUGAUUCAACAAUCAAUGUGAUGAAAAGUGAAAACUUACUGUCUAUUUUAGUAAUUGUUCAUUGAGCUCAUAUACUAUAGGGGACAAUGGCAACAGAUUUUUUAACUAUUCUGUUUUAUUCCAUUUUUUGUGUGUGUGUAAGAGUUGAUAUUUUGGAGAUGAAAUCUAGGUUUCGGGUCAAUGUUUUGUUUCUCACUCACUAAAGGUGUAUAGUUAUAAAUAAUUGUUUUGUGUUGUUGAUCCACUGUCAAUGUUUUGGCGGGUACCAAAUUGUGGACUGUGACCUACCUGGCAUUUAUUAAUUCCCUUUGGCAAUUUAGAUUACAAUUGAAUCAUUUUGGCAUUCUUUUCUAUUUAUACAAUCAGUCUAGAUUUUAUCAACAUUUUGCAAAUGAAAAUGUAUUUGUAAAUAUAAAAACAAAGGUUGUACCAAUUAAAUCCUACGUUAGGGCAAUUAAAGUGGAAAGUCUAAACUUUGAUCUCUUUUUUGUAAAGAAACACAUUUUGUUUUCUAUACAUGAAAUCAAAUUUUAUAUUAUAUAUAAGUAUAUAUAUAUAUACUCACAUUAAUUGCAUACAGAACAUAUUGUCUCCUUUUUUUUUUUUGUCACUCCAAAGCAACUUUAAAAUAUUUACCAGAAGCUUAAUUGUUCCGUUAAGGUAACUUAAAAAAAACAACCUUUAAAUGAUUUUGUCAGGCUUAAUUCAACAAAGCUGGACAAGUUUCAUUGCUAAAAUGUGUUAUAAAUUAUUGAAACAUUCAACUCUUGUUAUUUUUGCCUGCUUGUCAUGUUUAUUUAUUGAUUUAAUUUUUAGUUCAAUGACAUGUAAAGAACUAAAUUUUAAAUAAAAAACAUUUAAAUGCAAA